AUGUAUCAGUUUCCAGUUAAAAGUGUGGAUAAAAUCCGAAGAACGAGAAGGAAAGUGAAACAUGUUUUGAGUGAUCUGGGGCUUGAAGAAUGCCAAAGCUUGUUUGAGAAACUUAAGGAGUUUGAUGCAGGUGAUGACUGUUUCAAUGACACAGACUGGACUGAUUUCACAGAAGGCUUUAACGGCAAAAGGAAGAAAAAGUGGAAAUAUCGGACGCGGCCGUUGUGCUGUGGAUUUUGUAGGUUCUCCUCACGAUCCUGGCACUCCUUCGAAACCCAUAUUCAGCGCUGCCAUUCUGAAGAGGAGAACCAAGCCGCGAUUUCAGCCUGCCCCUCCUGCCCCUUCAUCGCUCAUCCUACAGUCGUGUCCAAACACUGUAGGAUCUUUCAUUCUGACAGCCAGAUGUCUGUGCCUGCACCCCUGCCCACAAAGUCUCCUAAGGGUUACAUAUUUCAGUGUCGAAAAUGCUCCAUCCAGGACUCUCUGCUGUACUGCAUGAAGAAACAUGUGCUUAUAGUUCACCACACCCUCCUGUUCAAUCAGCUCGUUGGCAGAAGGUCGGACAGUGAGCUAGAAGGCCAGGCACAGCUUCCUCAGUUUUACUGUAAGGCGUGUAAGUUACCGGCCGAAACCUCUGAACAUUUACUCUAUCACCUGCUCACCUCCGAAAAGCACAAGGACCUGGACAUGAUUGUCCAGGCCCAAAUUUUCGAAAGUCCAAAAACAUCGCAGAAAAUUUACCCUUCCCUCGCGCCCAAGAUCCAAGUCAGUCCCACUCCGAUCGCCAAACCCAUUGUAGCUGCAAUGAGUGACCAGCAGUCACUUGCCGCUGGAUCUGUGUCUGGCACUGUUUUACAAGGAGUGGAGAACAAUGGCGCUGCUCUCGUUUGUGGACCAGGGACCAGUCAAACAUUUCUGCCUGCACAAGCCUCUGCCCUGGUACAGCUUGCCAGUGCUGAGGCAAAGGGGUUACUACGACCUAGCGCCCCGGUCUCUCUCCAGAACCCACCACCUGUAAGGGCCAUUGCAGCCACUCUGCCAACUGUUGGCGGCAUUGCCCCAGCUCCAGCGCUCCAGCCCGCUAUUCCUCCCAAACAGCUGCCGAUCGCAGUUGGCGUCCCAAGGCCGCUGCAGCCGCCACCCCCGCCCCGUCAAGUCCUCCUGCCCCCAGGAGUUCAAAUCAACGUACCGGUAAGAGGUCAAGCACCGCAGCCUUUGCUUGUUACGCAAAGAAUGCCCUUGAACCAGCCUACACCUAGAGGCACCAUGCUCACCUCCCAGUCGCUCCUGAGUCACCUGAUUCCCACUGGCAAUAAAGUCAACGGAUUGCCCACUUACACCCUUGCACCAUUACAAAUAGCUUUACCAGUCCAAUCUAAUAAUGCCCAGGCAGUCAACAAAGCUACAUUGCCCAUGUCCCAGACCAACUCUCUUCCUCAGGCCAACAAGCCAGCUGACAGUCUCCCUCAGGAUAACAAGAUGACAAAGAAAUGGAUCACUUGUCCUAUUUGUAACGAGCUCUUUCCGUCCAACAUUUACUAUGUCCAUGUUGAGAUCCACAAGGAGUCUUCCAAAAAGUCCAAGCUGGGCCUCGCUGCUCGGGCUCCGUUUUUGCAGAAGAUGCCUGACAAGACGGUGAAAUGCCUUAUGUGUAAGAUCUUACUUUCCGAAAAGGGGGUAUAUGAACACCUGCUUCAUGGUUUAAACUGCCUGUACUGUCCUGGCAUGUUCUACUCUAUGAAACAGCUUGUAGAGCACAUCCAAGUGGAGCACAAACCUACUCAGAAAGCCAACUGUGACUUCAUGAGGCGAGAGUAUCGGCUUUACACUGACGACUCAGGCAACCUGCUCUUCCCUUACUUUGAUAUCAAGACUUCUGCCCCAAAGGAAAUGAUGGGAGACAGAGAACUGAAUCUAGCUUUGGUCACCAACACCCUCGACCUGAUCUUCUUGAAAAUUUUGCCUUCCAGCCCUCAGGCCGUAUGCAGUAUACCCAUGAAGUUCACUGGCACAGACUGCGCCUUCUGCUCCGAAAACCUGAUGAACAUGGAGUGUUAUCAGAUGCAUCUUCGGGAGAAACACUUUAUUGUGCCCACCAUGCAUGCCAUACUCAAGACACCGGCGUACAAAUGUAUCUACUGCAGUGGAGUGUACACCGGGAAAACCACAACCAAGGCCAUCACCGUCCAUAUAUCGCGAUGCCGCUGCGCGCCCAAGACUGCCAAAGACGCCGAAAGGUUAAUGAGUUCCGGGCUAAUGGGUCGGGCUGUCGCAGCCACGCCCGUAGCCAACCAAGGUUCUGCCUUAAGCGAAGGACAGCCUGGACCGAACGCUAGUCACAUUCCAGCCUCAAUGACGGCUUCUGUGCCGGCACCACAGGCCCCUGAAACGGAGGCAGAGUUACAGAGCAAGUUAAGACUGGAGAUAGCAGUGAAGGAAGCCAUAGAAGCCAACAAACGGGAGAGAGAGGCCAGAUUAGCUAGGAAAAGGAAGUUGGAGAAAGACAGGAUGUCUGCUCCUCCUCUUCCUCCUCCUCCUCCUCCACCACCACCUAAAGUACAGAUCGACCCCACUGUGGAGUUUGCAUUGGACUGUACCGGGAUGGAGCUGCGAUCGUUUGACGACCGGCGUGAGUUCCUGACCAAGUAUUUCAACACGAAACCUUACCUGCCAAAAAAGGAAUUGGAGGCCCUGUCCUUCCGCUUGCUGCUUACCAAGCCCGACGUUGCCUGUCAUUUUGCACAGAAGCGAACCAAGUGUAUGAGGUUCAUACGUAAAAACAAACCGGUGGUACUGCUUGGCUUCAACAUGGCGGAGCUGAUGAAGGUAAAACAUAACCUUGUAAUCCCAGAGGUUGAACCAGAGAAGACAUCGCAAUGA